AUGGCGGAGCCCAGCGGGAGGGGGCACCGAGCGGCGGGACGGCAGCAAAAGGGGAGGGGGACUUCCGGUUCGGGCCACGCCCCUUCCGGGGCACGGGGCCGCCGCUCAUUGGCCGACACAGCUCCGCUGCCACAGCGAGGGCCUAAAACCCCUGCCGACGCGCGAGCCGCGGCGCGCCGGACCCUUGCCGUCCUGCAGGAUGACUCGGUCACCCCGCUGCCUUCGCCCGUGGCCGUCUGCUCGCCUUCGUCCUCUUCUGGACCUCUUCUGUCCCGGUACCGUACCGGUCGGCUUUGCAGACAGGCGCGGCGCUGGCUCUUGGGCACCGUGGUGGCACAGACACCGUGGUGGGUUCCCGCAGCGCGGGGUCCCGAAGCCUCCCCACGCGAGCGCAAGCACCAGAGGGAAUUAGAACUGGUGGAGGAUGUCUGGAGAGGGGAAGCACAGGACCUUCUUACCCAAAUUGCACAGCUGCAGGAGGAGAAUAAACAACUGAUGACAAACUUGUCUCACAAAGACAUUAAUUUCACAGAAGAGGAAUUUCAGAAGCAUGAAGGAAUGUCAGAGAGAGAGCGGCAAGUCAUGAAGAAGCUGAAGGAAGUGGUAGAUAAACAGAGGGAUGAAAUCAGAGCAAAGGACCGGGAACUCGGACUUAAAAAUGAGGAUGUAGAGGCUCUUCAGCAGCAACAGAACAGGUUAAUGAAAAUCAACCAUGACCUGCGGCACCGGAUCACUGUUGUUGAGGCUCAGGGGAAGGCGCUCAUUGAGCAGAAGGUGGAGUUAGAAGCAUAUCUGCAAACCAAGGAGCAGGAGAUGGGCAACCUGCGAGCAGAGCUGGGGAAACUGAGAGAAAAACUGCAGGGGGAGGACAGCCAAAAUGGGGAGGAAGUAAAGGCAGAACCAAACAAUGAUGACUGCCUCUCAGAGUCAGAAAAGAUGGCAAUGGACUUAAAAGAUCCGAAUCGUCCAAGAUUCACCUUGCAGGAGCUCCGGGAUGUCCUUCAUGAGAGGAAUGAAUUGAAAUCAAAAGUGUUUUUACUUCAAGAGGAGCUUUUAUAUUACAAAAGUGAGGAAACAGAAGAAGAAACUAGAUCCCCUCAACCUACACCCAUAAUUCAGUCAAAACCCUCAACUCAGCCUGAAUCUGGAAUCAAACGACUGUUUAGUUUCUUCUCUCGUGAUAAGAAACGUAUGCAGGCCUCACAGAAAAAUGUCCACUUCCAGGAUACUUUUGGAGAAUGGUCAAAUUCAAAUAAAGAUGACUCCUACACCGAACAAGGACAAGAAGCCCUGCAGCACCUGUGACUAAAACCUUGAGGUGUUCAGUUUACCGCAGUAGAUCUCGACAGUCUAGUAACAAGAAGCUUCUGUAAACAAAUCCGGCAGCUCAUCACUUUUAUUUGCCUUGCACACCUCGGUGGUUGUGUUUCCGAUGCACUCUUCCAAAGGGAUCCCUCGCUGUUCACUUGGUGGCUGUUUGCUGAAAACGGAAUCCAAGUUUUGCAGUAACAGUCGCUGAUACCCCGGGACAUCGAAGCUUCUAGAUGACUUGUUCUGUGCCGAAUAACAAGUCUAUGGUCUUGUUCAUGCAUUAACUACAGUAACACAAGCUUCUUUAAACCAAAAAAA